AUGCGCAUCGCUGUCCUCAUUGUCGUUUUCGCCACCGUAGCAGGUAUGACCGGCCGUAUAACCGAUGAGGUUGAGCCUAAUGGGCAGUACUGCGAAAACUCGUGUGCGCAGACUGUGGGUUGCUCUGAGUCCUACUGUAAAGACAAUGGUGUCUGCUUCGGCCUUUACCAUAAGGAUGAGGGUAAAUGCUUCCAGCCAGCCUCUGAGUACAACGCUGAUUGCGACGACUCUGUUCUGAAACCCGUCCUCUGUCACGAGUAUCCUGACACAACUUGUCAGGAAGUAUGUGAUGGUAUGGUUGGUUGCAAGGAUUCUUCCUGGGGAUCAUACUGUAAGUUUUGGCAGGACCCUCCAGUGUGUUUUGGCAUCAUCGUCAAGGAGGAUGGCAGCCUCUGUCACGCCAGUGGCGACGAGGAAUGUGUCGGAGAGCCCUACUCAUGUCAUAUGGUGACCGCUGGUCCUACUCCCGUGACCACCGAAUAUCCUAUAUCUAAUACCACUGAGGCUGUUGAUACCACUGAGUAUGUGGACACCACUGAGUACGAGGACACCACUGAGUACGAGGACACCACUGAGUACGAGGACACCACUGAGUACGAGGACACCACUGAGUACGAGGACACCACUGAGUACGAGGACACCACUGAGUAUGAGGACACCACUGAGGCUGUUGACACCGCUGAGUAUGUGGAUACCACUGAGGCUGUUGAUACCUCUGAGGCUGUUGAUACCACUGAGGUUGUCGACACCACCGAGUAUAUGGACACCACUGAGGUUGUUGAUACUACUGCUCCUCAUAAUACUACCGUUCCAACCGAUGGUAUCGUCGGAACGUGGUGUGCUGAUUCGCCGUUUGGAUAUUUGGAGUUGUUAUUCGAUACUUAUUCAGUCUCUAUCUACUUGGCUGGUCAGUACUUCCACUCUGAAUAUAAUUUGAACGAGAAGGAAGUAAUUCUUGUCAAUCCUGAUAAUAGUUUAAUCACCUUCUUGAAUGAGAGAAAUACCAGAAUGAUUACUGAGUACUACGCGUACGAGAUGUAUAUCGAAUUCGUCGAGGUGACAACUGUCGUCGCUGUCAAAUGUUCCUAA